AUGAUGCCGUCUGCGCAUGCCUACGGGCAUCACCAGUACAAUCCCCAAGGGGAUUCCGGCUGGAUGCAUCAGCAAGCACACCAUCAGCAGGGCCAUGUGUCCGUGGCCCAGCAGCAGCAGCAGCAGCAGCAGCAGCAGCAGCAGCAACAGCAGCAACAACAACAACAACAACAACAACAACAAGCCCAGCAGCAGCAGCACUUUAACCGCAUGGCUGGCAACCAUUCUGCCGCUGGGCCUGGCGGAAACAUGGGCGGCAACCAUUCUGCUGCUGGGCCUGGCGGAAACAUGGGCGGCAACCAUGCGCAGGACUCUGGCCACGACAACAUCUCGGAGGACAAUCGACGCACCAUGGCCUACAUCGCCGACCUGUUGAAUGAGAAUACAAGAGAGGCCGCCUUGCUGGAGCUGAGCAAGAAGCGGGAGCAGGUGCCGGAGUUGGCUCUCAUCCUGUGGCACUCGUUUGGCGUCAUGACGUCGCUUCUUCAGGAGAUCAUCUCCGUUUACACGCUGCUGAAUCCCUCGCAACUGACGGCUGCCGCGUCAAACCGAGUCUGCAACGCUCUGGCGCUGUUGCAGUGCGUCGCGUCACACAGCGACACUCGAACCCUCUUCCUGAACGCACAUAUCCCGUUGUUUCUGUAUCCGUUUCUCAACACGACAUCGAGGUCACGGCCGUUUGAGUACUUGCGGCUCACGAGCCUCGGCGUCAUUGGCGCCUUGGUCAAGAACGAUUCGUCAGACGUCAUCAACUUUCUGCUCACGACGGAAAUCAUCCCUCUGUGCCUCCGGAUAAUGGAGACGGGCUCGGAGCUUAGCAAGACUGUGGCCAUCUUCAUCGUGCAGAAAAUCCUGCUGGACGACAACGGCUUGAACUACAUUUGCGCAACCUAUGAGCGCUUCUACGCCGUGGGCACUGUCCUGAGCAAUAUGGUCGCUCAGCUAGUCGAAUCGCAAACCGCUCGGCUGCUGAAGCAUGUUGUCAGAUGCUUCCUUCGACUUAGCGAUAAUGCUCGCGCACGAGAGGCCCUGCGCCAAUGUCUUCCCGAGCCUCUCCGAGACGCCACCUUUUCUUCAGUCUUGAGAGAUGACGCCGCGACUAAAAGAUGUCUUGCCCAACUCCUCAUCAAUCUCUCGGAUAAUGUAGUCGACCAACACUCGCAAGGUGUUUCCAACAUGUGA